GCUCUAGCUUCGGCUCGCGAGCGAAGCGGAGAGCGCGGAGCGCGAAGCUCGACGCGCCAUGGCGCGGCACUGCUCGCAGCCCCUGACAGCGCUGCAGGCGGCGCUGGAGUGGGCGCAGCACCUGGCUCAGGCCACCUCUCGGUGCUUCAACGGCGAGGAGGACUGCCAUGACCGGCGCGUGGUGUGGGAUACACUGGUGCCGCGGUAUGCCCCUACGAUCGUGCCCAGCCUGGAGCGUCGCCGCGAAAACUUCGCGGUGGCGCUGGCGGGCCAGCUCUCGGUCUUCCUUUGCCGUAUCCUCACCGGCCACUUUGGAGCUGGUGGCGUAGGCCUCAUCAUCUUCGUGGUGGGCAACAACGCGCGCUGCUCCCUCCAAGUCUCCGAGCUGACCUGCUACGUGGCGCUCUCGGGCUUCGUGGGGUGCCUGGACGUCUUCGACCUGCUGCAGCACCUGGCCUCAGGCCAGGCGCUGCUGCACCUGCCCAUCGACCUCCACUUGGCCGAGAACCUGCAGGCGCUGAGUCUGUGGCUCGCUCCCUGCGCGGAGCUGGGCGGCAGCCGUUUGGCUUGGGGCUGCUUCAUGAGCCCCGAGAUGUUCUUCGACGCCCAGCACCAGUUGGCAGACCCGCGGCAGUCGCGCGCGGCGCAGCUGAUGUUUCUGCAGCAGCAGCACUUCAAUAGCAUGCCACCUCGGAUUGCGGACCCCAUGGCCACCCGUAUGCCCGCUGAAGGGGACGUGGCAUCCAUGGCUUCCAUGAUGCCUGGCUGGCCUGGAUGGCAAGAUGUCAGAGCGUUCAUCCCCGGUAUUGGUCAGGAGCUUCGCCAUGACGCCUUGGCCUCCAGUAGCCAAGACAGACCCUACAUGGCUGUGAGCAAGCGCUCGCCCAACUGCGUGGACGUGGCCUGCGCCGAGUGUGGCGCCGCCAUUCGGGCCGGCCAAGGUCGCAGUGGCACCGGCGAGUUCUCGGGCUUCUUCUACUGCAGCAACUGCUGGUCGAUUUGGUCAUCGCAGUGACGAGUCGGCCAGCCGUGUCAACACCCAAGCUUGCAGACUCGGAUGGACGCAAUCCUCUUAGGCACCACC